CUCUCCUGCGUCUUCUCCGUCGCGCCUCUUGUCUCCUCUCCCCUGCUCCUAAGGAGCUCCAAUGGAGAGGGACGGACGACGCUCUCUAAUGGCCACGCGCAGAGGCUCCGUCUCCAACGACUCCCUCUCCGGCCUGUGCGGCGGCAGCCGUGCGCGCGGCGCGGCCGGCCUGCGCGGCGACGGCGGGGCCGGCCUGCGGGCGGCGGCGCGGUCGGCUGCGCGGCAGCGGUGGCCAUGGCGCGCUUGAGCCCCGGCCUCGAGCUCCCACACCGCCAACGGCGCCCCUCCGUCCCGCACUGUCCGCUGCCCUCGAUGUGGCUUGCUGCGGCUCGGCCGUGCUCGGCCGCGGCUCCCGGCGGCACGGCGGGCCGAGGUUGACCUCCACCGGUAGGCGGAGCUAUCCCGGCCUCCCCGCUCGGCAUCUAUACCGUGCGGCCACCGCUUGGCAUCUCGUCGUACCCUCAUUCCCUCCUCCUGCCAAUUUCGCUUCCUCCCGAUGGCGCUAGCCCCGCGCCCCGGUCCGGCCGCGCGCGGCAGCACGUCCGUCCGGCCGCGUCCCGCCGCUCCUCCGCCCGGCCGCGCCUCGUCCGCCCCCCCGCUGGCGCACCUCUAUUCGGCCGCGCGCCGCCGCUCCUCCGUCCGACCACGUGCCGCCGCGCCUCCGUCCAGGUGCGGCCCGUGAUGGUGCGGCGGACUAUGGCGUCACGGUUCGGCGAGAGGCCGCGUCGCCGGAGAGCUAGCUCGACGUGCAGUGCCGGUGGAGGUCGGCCGGGCUGCAGCUGCCGGACGGGACCAUCCUGGUGGAGCAGGGGGCCGCCGCCAUCAGGAUUGGAUGAUGCGUCAAGUUUGCCGGCAAGAACGAGGAAGAGAAGCAUGAGUAUUGGCGGCGGCGCGAGCUCCACCCCCCUGCGGCCAGAAUUGCUCCUGAAGCCCGAGGACGCGCUGCUGCUGGGCCAGGUCCACCGCCUCGUCACGUCGCAAGAGGUGACGAAGGCGAUCCAGGCCUGGCGGCAGGACAAGGCGCGGCGGUGCAAGGAGGCGGCGCCCGACGACCGGCGGCCGCCGCCGCAGCCCGGGCCCGCCGUCGCCGCCGGCCAGGCGAGCGCUCGCGAAUGUCAGCGGGCGGAUAAGUCGGACCAGCAGCACCGCGGCGGCGGCGGGUCCGGUGGCGUCGGGGCGAGGGGGCGGCACUGGCGGCCGUCGCUGCAGAGUAUCUCCGAGUCGGCGAGCUGACGCGGCGUGCGCCGAGGCCGGCUGCUACCCGGCCGCGGCGAGCGGCUCCGGAGCGACAGACCGAGCGCGACGGCAUUUUCAACAAGAAGCGCUUGCAUUUUCAACGAAUGAUGGUUUACUCACUCAGACGUCUUUAGUUCUUCUGGUUUCCAUUUGGCAAUGACCUGCAACUGCAAGAGUCUUGUUUUGCUUUUUAAUAUAUAUACAUAGCGUCAGUAUAUGUCUAUCUUUCAAAGAUACAGUCAGAGAGCACGAAACCUCAGAAUGCUUCUUGUGAAGUUAAAAUAAUUAGAUGGCAGGUUGAUUAUUUGUGCCCAACAGGAAAUAUGCUGUUUGCAA